CGAAGGAUGGUGUUGUGUUAGAGGCAGUGGGGAGAAGGGUGAGGGGUAUCCACAAAGAUGUUGCGUGAUUUUUUGGAGAUUUAUUUAUUUAAAUAAAAAUGGCCGCCGCAGAGAGCGGAGAGGAGAGACUAGGUGUGGACAAGAAUGAAGACCAGGAGGGCUCAAAAGACAAGACGCAGAAGCAGAAGAAAAACAAAAGGGAACGGCAAGAUGUGGAAAAACUCGAGGCCACAGUGUCUGUUCCUCCACAGCCGCCCCUCCUUACGCAGGGGGAUGUUGGACAACAGACAGAGGCAGGGAAGUCUGAACCCGUUGACCCUGAAGUUGGAGCUGCUCUCAGCGCUCCAGAAUCUUCCGCAUCGGCCAAGCAGAGGCGUUCCAUCAUUCGGGACAGAGGCCCACUGUAUGACGACCCUUCUCUGCCUCAAGGUUGGACGCGCAAGCUGAAACAGCGCAAGUCGGGGCGAUCCGCUGGAAAAUUUGAUGUCUACCUGAUCAACCCAGAAGGGAAAGCCUUCCGUUCCAAAGUGGAGCUCAUGGCAUACUUCCAAAAGAUGGGCGAUACCACUACGGAUCCCAAUGACUUUGAUUUCACAGUCACGGGCCGAGGGAGCCCUUCUCGCAGAGAAAAGAGACCACCAAAGAAGCCUAAAGUGGUCAAACCUUCUGGUCGCCGGAGGGGUCGGCCCAAAGGCAGCGGCAAGGUACGGCAGGCCACAGAAGGGGUGGCAAUAAAGCGUGUCGUCGAAAAGAGUCCAGGAAAACUCCUUGUAAAGAUGCCCUUUGUGGCUCCCAAAACUGAACCAGGGGCUCCAGUGAUGCAAGCGGCAGUUGCCAAAGUGCGCCGAGGGCGCAAGCGGAAAUCAGAACAGGAACCGCCGAGCACCCCCAAAAAACGUGGCCGCAAGCCAGCAGCUGCUUCACAGUCGGUGGUGGGGACGGGUUCAGUCGCUGCAUACACGGCCGCGGCCAUUCUCACCGCCGAGGCCAAGAAAAAAGCUCAGAAGGAGUCUUCCGUAAAGCCUGUUCAGGAGAGGGCGCUUCCCAUCAAGAAACGCAAAACUCGAGAGACUUUAGAGGGGUUGGAAGGAUCAACCACCUCCACGACGGAGACGUUUGUACCGGGGAUAGCAAAACGACUGACUGCAUCAACUGUGACCCCUACAGGGGAGGAGGUAGAAACGGGACAGAAGUCUCACAAGCAUCCUGGCCGGAAGCACAAAGAGGCGUCCACCGAUCCGGGGAACGGCAGCAGCAGCAGCAGCGGGACGGCAACCAGCGGCAGCGGACCGAAGAGUCACAAGAAGAGAGAUCAUCGAGGGCAGCACUUUAAACACCACCACCAUCAUCACCACCACCAACACCACCAUCUGCAGGCCAUGCCGCCCUCCACCUACACUCCGCAGGCUCACCAGCUCUCCCUGGGUCACUCCACACAAGGGGGGCCGCCUGCGACAACGGAAAACGAACCCCAGGACUUGAGCACCUCCAGGCCCAAAGCGGAACAUGUGGCCUGCCGGGAGGAAGCGAGAACUGAUAGCUCCUCGAGCAGGGACGCUCAGAACGCAAGCAAGAUGGCCUCCUCUGACCUGAGAGGGCAGCAGGCGACUGUGACAGGGGAUGGCAAGGAGCUGAGAGACAUUGUUCCUCCCUCCACCGUCCCGAGGCCAAGCCGAGAGGAAACGGUCGAGUCCCGGACACCAGUGAGCGAGCCAGUGAGCUGACUGACUAAGUGACGGAUCGGGAGCGCUUUUGCGUGCAAAGAGUUGGAGGCGGUCGCAGCAAGACGAGUGGUUUUUCGUUCUUUUUUUACUGAGGAAAAAAGAAAAAGGAAACAAAAAUGUAAACGUACUUAUACAAAAGGCAGCUGUUGUGUCUCGCUCUCUCUGUGGGUUGGACGCGGGGCGAUAAUUCUCUUGCUUCCGGAUGAAUUCUCUGCUAAUCUUUUUCUUUAUGGUUUCCUUUUAUUUCCCACUAUAUAUCUUUGUAUUAGUAUAUCUUAGCACUCACCUAAACCAGUUAUUCCUUUGUCAGAGCUUGUAGGAAGUAGAAACACACUCAAGUGGUAAUGGAUACACAACUCACGCCAUAGUUGUCGUAAAGCGAAACUUUCCUAUCAAAGAUGCUCUCGAAAGUACUAACAUGCAGCAUAGUCAUGUCAUCUCAACCCUAGAAAAAAGGUGUCCUAUCAGUGUGUUCUUCCUUCUGUGUCUAAAACGAAGGGGCAAAUCCGACGGCAAGCUGAAGAAAAAAGGGCCACAUUUCCGAUCUCCACCUUUCCAUUUGAGUCGGACGCAACUGUUGCAGCAUCAUCACCUUUGAAAUAAGACGCUAGCUUAACUCUGACAGAAAAGAACUUCCUAGUUGUGGGUUCGUGCCAAGCUGACAUUUCCAGUCUGUUGACCUGUGAAGAUCAAUUGAAUUUGGAAGCAGUAUUUCCUUUCGAGUUGUUGGUAUUUUUAGUGCACAUGUCUAUUAAUUAUCAGUAGUUUGGUUAACCUAAUCACCAGUUUCGGAGGUGCCUGAGAAAAUGCAACUAGAGCGGAAAGCUCUAUUUUUCAUUUUCUCUGGUGAGGGAGAUAAAGCACAAAUGUAUUUGUUAGGGAAUAUUGAAAGCACAGUCCAGUGUAGCAUCUGGAGUUGAUGUCAACUCGCGUAAAA